CAUACCUUGUAGAUAGCCAUCAGCGUACAUCCUUCUCGAGCUUGGCCCCGAUGUCCAGGAGACGAUGCGAAACGCGACCUGAAUAACUUUCCCAUCACCAACCUAUGAUCGGCACGUGCUCGAUCAUAGAUUAGUGUCCCAUAUCGGGAUUAAUCUUGACGCCAUUGAAAUUCGAUUUUUUAUGUCCGAUGAUCUUGCGUCCGCGACAUAGCGCAGGUGACCGCAUAUUUGCGUCAUAGAUUUUGGGAGACUUGGGGGAUGCGAGUGAGGGGCUUUGGAUGAUUAUUAUCCUUUUGCUCUAACUAUGACUACGAAAACGAACACAAACACGAAUGGAGGCGGGGGUGGCGGUGGUGGGGGGUUUGGGGAUAAGAUCAAGGGCGCCGCCCAAAUCAUCCAUGGGCUAGGCGAAAAUAUUCGAGGCACAGCACUUGGUACGGCUGAUCGUGCUACGAGUUCGGAGGCUGGUAUACAGAAGGAUGAUGAGGUGGCUGCGAAGGGCCGUGCUGAGGUCGCGGAGGGCAUGGCAAGGAUGAGAGGUCAUCCUGCUGGAACGGUGCCUUCUGACAAGGGAACGAGUGCGGGGACUGGCACCGGUACCGGCGCUGCCACGGCUGUUGGUGCUGGUGCUGGUGCUGGGGUGACAGGUCAGGGCCAACAGCAGGGAACGGGACAUGAGAAACCAACCGCAGUUCGGGAGAAGAGCGGGCCUGAGACAACAGGUUCGGGCGCUGCCCUGACUAGUCGUGGGGCUACUUCAGGCGUAGGGGAGCAAACGAGUGCUGGGUCCGGAACUGGAACUGUUACCGGUACCGGCGCCACUGCUGCCCCGGCUGCUGGUGCUGGAGCCAUUGGCCAGGACACGCAAGGAACGGGAUAUGAGAAAACGGGCGCGGCUGGGCGCAAGAGCGGACCUGCGAUGACAGGUUCGAGUGCUGCCCAGGCUGGUCAUGAGGCUGCAGGUACAGGCGAGCAGAAGCAGCAAGACCCGAGCGCUGGAAGUCAACAAGAAGGGAAACGCGAUGAUCGGGAUGUACAAGAGCGUUCACAGAGUUGUGAUACCGGCCAGAGUCGUGCACAAACAGAGAAUCGCCCUCAACAAACAGGUGAACGAUCAUCCCAGCAAAGGGUAGGUGAACAAUACAAAGCAGGACAGAUGGGUGUUCAGCGUGAAAAUGGGCAACAGGACGAAUGCGUAGCUCCCAGGGGAAAACCGUGCAUUCGUUUCCAGGGUAUUUCGAUGGAUGGAGGAGGUGAGCCUUCGGAACAACAAACGGCAGAAAAAGCGCAUGAAGCAGGACAAAUCCACCACGAAGGUGCCCAGCAGGAAGGUGGACAAGGACAGAUCCGCUUCCAGGAUUUCCAGGGCGCCGGUAUCUGAUCUUCGUAGGAUUGAUCAAAAUCAAUGCAAGGCAAAUUAGCUUGGUUAUGACUGGUUCUGACGAUGAUUAUUAGGAGAGAAUCGGGGAGGGUGUGGUCUAGGUACACACAUCUGGAAUGUAAAAUAAUUCUUAUCAAUAGGUUGUUCGUCAAAUUUCGAGGAGCAACGGAACACUCAUAAUAUAGGUUGUUCCGAUUUUAAGCCUGGCCUUGGAGAUGUAAAUCAGAUUCAAU